AUGGCCGGGAAUGACGUGGAUUUGGAUGCGCUUCUAGACGAUGCAUUGGACGACUUUGAAGAUGACGAAGUGGAUGCUGUGCAAGAGGCCAAGGCCAAAGUCGAUACUGCUCAACAACGCGAGAUGGACAACCUCAAGGAAAGUAUGGCCAAGUUCCUAGAAGAUGCACAAAAUCCAGAGUUCCAAAGCAUGCUGGAACAAGCGUUUCGUGAAAUGAAUCCUGACACACCAAGUGGGAACAACUUGGAAUCGUUGUUGGGAAGUUUAAAGUCCAAGUCAGCUACAGACCCCGCCGCUGCAGAUGUCGACGUGGGGGUGGCACGAACGUUACAGAGCAUGGCGAAAGCGGCAGAAGACAUGGAGGGUCUGGACACCAAUAAAGCCGAGGAAAUGGGUGAAGAAAUGAUGCAGGAAAUGAUGAAGCAGUUUGAGCAAAUGGGCGAGAAGAACGACUUUCAAGGACUCGUGGACGGCAUGAUGCAGCAGCUCUUGUCGCGCGAUGUCAUGUACGACCCGAUGAAACAGAUCUGCGAAAAGUACCCUGCAUGGCUCGCGGAAAAAGAACCACAUCUGUCCAAGGAAGACUACGAGCGGUACGGGAAGCAAUAUCAGUACUUUCAGCAAAUCCUCGCCGUGUACGAAAACGAACCGGACAACUACGCAAGGUUGUCGGAGCUCAUGCAGGAAAUGCAAGAGUGCGGUCAGCCACCUUCCGAAAUCGUCAAGGAAUUGGCGCCGGGACUUCAAUUCGACGACGAAGGGAUGCCCAUUAUGCCGAACAUGGGACCUGGCGCGUUUCCAGGGAUGGCUGGUCUGCCUGGAGCACCAAUGCCUGGCAUGCCCGGCCAAGAUCAGUGCUCUAUCAUUAGCUUCGACCACGGACCAAUCAAACGCGACUUGGAAAUUCGAGUUUUCCAUUUUGUUGGAUCGGUGCGAAACGCCACCGCUGGCGCCAUGGACGAGUUGAAUGCGAUGUCACUGCACGUGUUCGAGUACCUCGGGACGCUCUCCGCUGUGUCGAACGUCGAGUACAAGCCUUCUCCUGGCAUUCAGCUGCACAACAUUGCGCUAUGGGAACAGCGGCAUGCCCCAAAGAAGCUUCCCCAGGAUCUCGUCGCGUUCCUUUGCGCGUCGAACGGUCUAUCUGUGAAAUGGUACACUGAAGUCAAGGCCAAGCAUCACUUGGUCGGCCAUUUCGCUUUGAACUCUCUCCAACACAUGCGAAAGGUUGAAGCCGAUUUUCCAGACGGCACACACUUGGCACUGGUUCUGGACUCGUCCAAGACCUUGGGAGACGUGUGCCUUGUGUUCAAAACCAACGGUAUCGCCAACACUUGA